CUCGGAACAUGCGGUGUGUAUAACCGUUCAAGUUGCAGACAUUCUUGAGAAGGCUAUUUCCGGAUCACGAUAGUCAUAGAAGUAAUACUGGUUUGCGCUGCGCAACACACUUGGAGGCCUUGUCGUGGAAGCCAAACUGCGGUCAUUCGGCCCCCACCAAUGUCCUCCGCCUACUAAAGUCGCGCCAAAAUUUUGGGCGGCGAGUGCAGCGCAUUUAUUAUUUUUGAUCACAGGCACUGAAGACUCACUGCUGAUCCCCUACAGAAUCAUUAUUCUGCGACUAUGCGACGGUGACGAUCGAUCUCUCUGCCAUCAGUCUCUCUCGGUCUCAGCACUUUUCUGCUGAACCAUCAUGUUCUGCCCCCGACAUCCUGAUCGGUAGCAUCUGAUAAACAUUCCACAUCACAAUCUAAACAAAAUGGCACCUCCAAAGGUCGCUUCUGCAUCCCCCGCGCCGGGGCCGUCGUCGAAAGGGCGAAAUCGCCUUGCCGAAGCCCUGUAUGCUUGGUGUUGCAAGAACUACGAAGUCGGACAUGUCUUUGGUCAAGAUGAGCUUCUGUCCGCGGGCAUCAUCCCCAAUGGCGAUCUCUCAAUGCUCCUGUCUGCGGUCACGCACCUGGUCGACAAUGCCCUCUUCAGACUUCACGACAGAACUGGUGGCACCAUUGGCUGGGAGCUGGUGGACCAAGAAAAAGCCAAAAAUUACACGGGCCUUACUCGAGAUGAAAAAAUAGUGUUAUUCAUCGUCGAUGCCGCUGGAACGGCCGGAGUAUGGACCAAAACCAUCAAGUUCCGCUCCUCACUCCAUGGCAGAGUGCUGGACAGGGUCUACAAGAGUCUGGAAACCAAAGGUCUGAUCAAGCCUAUGAAGCAUGUCAAGAACCCUGGGAGAAAGAUGUACAUCCUGUCUGGAUUGGAGCCAUCCGAGGAAGCAAGUGGAGGAGCCUGGUUCUCCGAUGGUCGUCUUGACAUUGGUUUAGUUGAUACCAUUUCGAAAGUCAUCGAGCAUUAUGUUUCCACGCAAAGCUGGUCGGUCGUCGAAGAGGAAGACGAAGAGGAGGACCCGCCUUCUCCAGGUCAAAAGCGCAAGGCUGCUGCAGCAGGAUUGGAUACUAGUGGCGAUGAUAGAGGCAAAGCCAUCAAAACCAACGAUGGACAGCACAAGAGCAAGGCUCACAAACAGCCUGCCCCAAAGGUCUAUCGGCCAUUCGAGGCCGGUCACAGAGGAUAUCCCACAUUGAGAGAUAUCACCACCCACAUUCUCAAGAUCAACGUUACACCCACCAUCCUGCCUCAGACUGCAAUUCAACAGUUGCUGGAGGUCAUGGUGUACGACGAUCGCUUGUUCAAGAUGCACCGUACUCCGGCCGACGACGAAAUCGCGGAUGACCCCGUCAAUAACACUAUCACAAUGUACCGAUGCUUCAAAACCCCCAACGACCUUCUUGAGCGGCAUCAGCUUGAAAAGCGCAAAAUGAGCAACCACGAGAGCACUCGAAAAGCUGCAUAUCGACAGCAGGAACUGGAAGAUAUUGGCCGAGGCGGAUCAAGCGAAGUGCCGUGUAUGCGCUGUCCGGCCUUCGAAAUCUGCGGAGACGGCGGCCCAGUCAAUGUUGUUACGUGCAGAUACUUCGAUCAAUGGUAUAUCAAGAUUGCACAGGCAGAUAAGGAAGCGGGCGUUAAAAUGCAGCCUGCCAAAAGCCAACAUCAGGGGGAUAAUGAUCAUAUGGUCAAUGGCAAAUCCGCACCCAAGGUCGACAUUGACCUGGACCCGUCCUAGGACCUUGGCUCCCAUCAAAUGCCGGGACUGAUCAGAAGUUCCCACGAUUGGAGCCCCUUCAAUGUAUUAUGAUUUUGCAUGGCUACCAGCUCGUCGCUCAUGUUUUCGUCUCAGCAGCAUAGCCAUGGCGUUGCAUCAAGUUUUCGUUCGCGCUCAGAAAUUCCUCACAGAUGGGGAUACGACGCUCUUGUUUUCUUCAAAAGGAUACCCGACAGCAUUUGCAGUUGACCAGCAGCCAAAGAGCUGCGCAUGGAUCGUAUCAAAAUAAUACGGGCUGCGGCAGGAGAUAGCCUGUCGAGAGCGAGUUUAAAACCCAAACAAGCAGUUGGCGACAGCUGUAUUAAAUUCCCAGGCUGCCAUAGACUGGAGGAUUGAGAUAGGUUACUGCUAGCUUUGCAGAGAUGCUAGCAAAACUCGAACAGAGACAUCAAGCUAAGUUUGCUUUCAAUAUCUUCAGCAUUAUGUACCCGCUGUUGAAAGUAGCGUCCGUUAUCGGACAUUGCAUUGUCUGCCGCCCCGUCCAUACAAAUGUCCUCAUCCUGUG